AUGUGGCCUCGACGGGUCUAUACCCGCAAGAAGAGGGAUGAUGAGAGGCUCAACCUCACCCCGAAGCCGGACCUAGCCGUCCCUGGGAAGACUGAGGUCCCUCCAGGUCUGAAGGGAAAAGGCAAAGAGCAGGGAUUGCGGAAGAUUACUGAGAAAGAGGAAUUGAACAGGUUCAGAGGUAGCAGCUCACAGUUGCCAAGUCAGUUAAGUAUUACAGGAGGGGAAAGCCUGCAAGAAAAUAUCCCUGGCCAAGAGACCCCAGAUGAGAAGAUAACUCCAUUGAGUUCAGUGACUAAGGACUUCAAGAUUGACAGUUGUUCAUCAAGUAGUGAACUAGUUUCAGGGAUGACCUCAGAGUACGAUGUUUCCAGUUGUCCCCUGAGCUGUUCAGACACAGACUCAUAUACAAAGAGUACUGAAGAGAAUAGCUUCCCAUCACCUGAGCUGUUCAGAGGAUCAGAUUAUUUGAAUUGUGAGCAUCCCAGGUUGCAAGAGUACAAGUCCUGCAAGAAUUCCACUCUUCUAGACACCAGCAAUGCAGUGGCUGUAGAGAAGGUGGCUCAGCUCGCAGACCUCUCAGCAAUUCUGAGUUCUUCUCCAGAAAACUAUGAGGAAUGCCAUAGAAAAAUAGAGAUGACAUUAGAAGCCCCACAUAUCUCUUCAGAACCAAAGUAUACUCCAAAUUUAGCAUCAGUCGUAGAAAAUGCAACUUCUGAGGUUAUAUUUGCUGAGAAAACUGGCCCUCCAACCACCAAAAAAGCAAAGAAAAAACCUGAAAAGAAAUCCGAAGAUAGCGGUCUACAAGUUCAAGCAAAGUUAAGCUCUGGUUGUCCAGACAGCAAAGCUCCAUUCUCCCAUUAUAGUUCAGCUCUUGAAAGCAUCGCAGUCAAGGAUCUUCUGUUGCCGCAGCCCCUGGAACCUGUGUCGAAAAAAAGUUCUACUUCUCCUGAUAAGCAAAACAAAGCCCUGUUAACAAGUACACCAUCUUCAGACACCGCUGACUUUGUGAUUGAUUUGUCUCCAGUGCAAAAUGUAUCUUUUGAAGAACUAUUUCCAAAUGUCAGCAAUUAUGUUAACUCAAGUGAAAUUGUUCCUGUGUCAAGUUGGCAAGAAAGUUCUUCAAAUGAGUUUCCUUCCUAUGCACCAGAGAUCUGUUGUAUUAUUAGGGCGUCACCAGGAACCAGGCGUAUGAGAAGUAAAGAGGCUGCUGUGAAGAAGAGGUACUCUCCUCCUACAGAUGUUCCUCCAGAUAUUAUAAUGAAGACAAAUGGCAGAACGUAA